AGAAAACACCGGAAGAAGAAAGAACUCCGACAUCCCAAAUAGUGCACUAUAUAGUGAAUAGGGACGAAUUCAGACACUUCAGAAUUCAGUUUGAGCGCUCAGUUCGAUGUUCAUCAUGAGAGAGCAGGUGGAUGUGAUUCAUGCUGGAGAACAGCAGUUGCUGCAGACACCAGUGAAGAUUGAAGUGAAGCAUGAGGAGAUAAAAGAAGAAAUCACAACAGAAGAAGAGCAGAGAGAUGAAGAUGAUGAACAGCAGAUGCUGCAGACACCAGUGAAGAUUGAAUUGAAGCAGGAGGAGAUAAAAGAAGAAAUCACAACAGAAGAAGAGCAGAGAGAUGAAGAUGAUGAACAGCAGAUGCUGCAGACACCAGUGAAUAUUGAAUUGAAGCAGGAGGAGAUAAAAGAAGAAAUCACAACAGAAGAAGAGCAGAGAGAUGAAGAUGAUGAACAGCAGAUGCUGCAGACACCAGUGAAGAUGUGUUCAGUGAAGCUGCUGGACUGCAGGAACCUGAUGAAGAUGAGAGGAGAAACCACAGCAGAGGAACAACAGAGUGAUGAAGAUGAUGAUGAAAUAAAAGCAGAGGAACAACAGAGUGAUGAAGAUGAUUUUAUUCCUUCUGAGCUGAUGGAAGUUAACAAGGAACAUCAAGAACUGAAUGAAGUGGAAGAGAAAUAUCAUCAUUUCAUUACUGAAGAAAAAUCUUUGAGUUGCUCAAAUUCUAAAAAGAAUGGAAAGAGUUUCUCUCAUACAGAAAUCCUGAAAACACAUCAGAGAAUCCAUACUGGAGAGAAACCAUACAAGUGCUCGCACUGUGGAAAGAGUUUCACUCAGUCAGUAAACCUGAAAACACACAAGAGAAUCCAUACUGGAGAGAAACCAUACAAGUGCUCACAAUGUGAAAAGACUUUCACUCAGUCAGAAAGCCUGAAAACACAUGAGAGAAUCCAUACUGGAGAGAAACCAUUCAAGUGCUCACACUGUGGAAAGAGUUUCACUCGGCCAGAUGGGUUGAAAUCACAUGAAAGAAUCCAUACUGGAGAGAAACCUUACAAGUGCUCACACUGUAAAAAGAGUUUUGCUUUGGCUCAAAACCUGAGAACACACAAGAGAAUCCAUACUGGAGAGAAACCAUUCAAGUGCUCACACUGUGGAAAGAGUUUCACUCUGUCACAAAACAUGAAAACACAUGAGAGAAUCCAUACUGGAGAGAAACCAUUCAAGUGCUCACACUGUGGAAAGAGUUUCACUCUGUUUCAAAACAUGAAAACACAUGAGAGAAUCCAUACUGGAGAGAAACCAUACGAGUGUUCACACUGUGGAAAGAGUUUCAGUAUGUCACACAACAUGAAAACACAUGAAAGAAUUCAUACUGGAGAGAAACCAUACCACUGUUCUUCAUGUGGGAAAAGUUUCAGCAAAGCAAAAAUAGUUUGGAAACAUGAAAGAAAGUGUUGCCAAAGUGUUCACAUUAAGAAAAAAAAAAGAUCUUCAGGUCCAACGAUGUCAAGUAAAUAGGUUAAAAUUCAGAUAAACCCAAAGAUGGAAUUUCUUCCAAAUGAGCAGCAUCAGAAACAAUUUAUCAUUUAUUUAAUUGGAGUCUGUUAGAGGUGUACCCGAUUAUUCUUUAACCUGAUUACACACUCAUUCAUUCUUCAAAUUUAUUUAAAGUGUUCAGUAGCCUUCAGAGUUAUUUAUUUGGAAAUCAAAAUACAUUGGUAGUGCUGUGUUUUACACUUUAGACUCAGUAGGGGGCAGCGCUACUGCUGAAAUGAGCAGCUGGAAACACUACCAGAGUAUGUUGUCCCAACCAUAUCGCCAGACAAUUCACACAGGGGAACCGUUAAUCGGUAAAGAUCAUACAACUCCAGUAUUUUGUAAAUCACUCUCGCCACCCAAGCCUACUGUGAAUAUUUCUUUAAACCUUAAACCAAGCACACAAUAAACAAAUUACAGUGGGCAUACGCUUAAUGAAUGAAGUCACAAUCCCAAACUUACAAAAUGUUGUGCAAAUACGUUAUGUGACAUCAACAAAUAGCAUGUAAGAAUGGCUCACUCCCAUUAUUGCACUGAUUGGCACAAAAUGGUGUAAAAUAAGAAAAAAACACUGACAACAUUUGUUCAGACAGCAGGAUGUGGGUGAUUCAUUUAAUAAUUUUUUUGAAUCCUGCUUCAAAGUGCAUUUCUCUCAGAGAAAUAACUGGUUGUUGAGAAGUCUAUGGUCAUCCAUUUUCUUUUUUUAUUUUUUUAUUCUUAAUUAUAAUUAAUAUCUGUAUGAUGUCAUUAAUGUCUUUACAUUUUUAUUUUAUUAUAUUUAUUUUGUUUCCUUGCAAAACAAUUCUGUGGAUUGUAAUGGAAUUUUCCUUAAAUGUCCAGGAUUUUGUUAAUUUCUUCAGCUUUUAAAUGUUCUAUAUAAACUAGAUCUGAAGUAAGUGUGAGUGGUGCUUGGCGUGGCAAAACUUGUCAUCACAAUGUCCCACAAAGGGCCUCCGUACACUGCCCUGAAUCAAAAGAUCCCACCACAUGAGACGCUACGAUGUUCUGAUGUUGAUACAUGGAUACUGGGAUGCUCUGGAUGGUUGCAAGGCAGUUGCCAGGGUGAUACUAAGUCAAAAUAUGCCACCCCCAAGUCUCUAUAACAUUCUUUUUAAGCAUUUUAAUAUUAAGAAAAUAUUGCAUAUUAGAUCAACAAUAUAUUACUUAGUUCAGUGUUGAUUAUUUCUAGAUCAACUUGUUUGCCUGCUGUGUUUAAAUAUUGUCUGAUGUCACUAAUAAAGGCCGUCUUCAUA